AUGUCCACUUCAAACGAGUUUCAAACGUUGGCAAGAGUCACUAGUGAAAUAGAUGAAUCUGAAGUAAAAUUAACAUAUGCGAAGCAGUGUAUCAAAGCUCAAGAAGAUUUAUCGAACAAACUUAAGGCUGAGAUCGAGCGAAGGAAAGAAGUAUGCAACUUUCAGAAGAACGGUAACUUGAUAUUACAAGCUGAAGUACGAAAUGCUGAACACGAGAUUAAAAAUUUGAUUACAACACAAAACGCCAUUACAUCAGCAAACACUGAAAUUAAAAGAGAGCUAUUAUUGGCUAAAGAAAAUAACAUGAGACUUGCCGAGCGAAUGAGAAACGCAGAAAAGAAGUAUGAAAACCUUUGGGUUGAAUGUAAAAAGAGGUAUGAAAGCAUAUCUAGUGUUCAAAAAUUAAUGCAAACUACGAAAAAGUUAGAGGCUGUUCAAGUUGACAUUAAAUCCCUUGAAGAAGAAAGGAACGUUCUUACUACAGAAUUAGAAAUAAAGAAAGCCGAGUUAGUAAAUAAAGACAGGGAACAAAUAAUACAAUUUGUUGAAUUCAUUGUUCACGAAAUGCCUCUUGCUAUAAAGAUUAUAAAAGAGAAAUCAAUUGAAGAAAGAGACUUAACGAUACAAAUAGACUCCAUAGUAAAGGAGCAAGAAACCAAUAAUAACAAAAUUCUUGUUGGAACAAUGGAUAGACUGAAUUUACAACAGUAUGAAGACAAUAACAAGGUUGAAAAUUGGGUUAAAGUAAAAAAGUAUGAAGACGACACUUUCAUGAUCAACAACGACGGUUUUCAAGUUGCUCCGAAGAGGACUAUGUCGGCUAACGAAAUGGACAGAAAUCCUAUUAAACAAGGAAAAGAUGAUGACUUAAUCAAUAAUUACGUGUCUUGUUACUUUACUAAAAGCAAUGAAAAUGUUGAUGGUAAGCCGAACCCAAAACCGGAGGAUUUUUCAAAAAGGAAACUGAUAAACAUCCUGGAAGACGUGAAGCUUGAUGAUCAAGAAACCUAUGAAAUAAUAUCAAAAGUAAAUAUGAAUAAGUGUCAAGACGUCGACGUUAUUGCUGCAGAUAAUAACAGAAACAAUUCACAACCUAAACCAUCUAAGGUAGUCACUCCUUUGGAAAGUGAAGAGAUAGAAGAAGUCGAUAUAACUAAUACAAAUGAUGAAAAUGUUCUAAUACCACCUUCACGAUUUUUGGACCUAACCCAGGACCAGGGUCUUGGUGGAUACCAGCAAGAAGUGGAUGUCAUUGUUCAUGUGUCGAUGGAAGAGUCAUCAUCAAAGAAUGGAAAUAUCUCUCAAGUAAAGAGUUCACAGGAGGAUGUAAUAAAGAAAAAGGUUUCAUUUGAUAUUCCAUUGUCUGUUGAAGUCACAGGUGCAAUUGAAAAUGAAAUUACUUCUGAUAAUAAUGGGAAUCAAACAAAUGAUACUAUUAGUAGCCAAUUAGACUUGACUAUUGAGGGAGAUGAUAACUUUUCCUCAAUCAAAAACAUGAUAUUGAAGAAGCACAAUUUGGAUUUAUCACCACAAUUUGUUUAUGGGAAAAAUAUGAUGAUGCUGCAGAGGAAAACCGGUGACAAAUUAGUAACAUCCAAAUUCUUUGAAAGCAAUACAAAAUAUGUUGAAACUGAUGAUCAACUUGUAACGGAAAAUAAUGACGGCGAGGUUAAUAAAUUAGCCUCUAAGGGAACUUCUCCAAAAGAUAAACCACAAGCUCAACAUUAUGAAAGUAUACCAGGGGAAGAAAAUAUGGAAAACAUGGAAGUUGAUAAUGGUGCUUUAAAUCUUGAGGUUCAUAAAAAAAUUGUAAAUAAAAUAGAAAAGCCUGUAGCAGGCCUGUUAUUUACUCAUGGGCCUCAUGGAAUCCCUGAUUGCCUAGAUAUCUCUAUGAGCACCACUGGUUAUGAAGAGGGUGAUUCUGAGUUUCCCACUGGUCUUGAUAGCAGUUUGCUUUUGUCUCCUAAAGCAGAUACAAGUGCAGAUAAUGUUGAAGUUGGAUCCCAGGAAGUACCAAACUUCUUGUCAGGCUUCAGAAAGGCUGGAUUAUCAUUUUUUAAGCAAAAUGCACAAUCAGGAAAUAAUCCUGAGAGCAGCAAACAGAAUCAAGAAAAUAAUUUCUGUUUCAAUUUCCGCAGUGAAGACAAGAAAAACAAGAAGGAAGGUGGGAUAUUUAGCUUCUUUCGUUAA